UUCUUAUAUAUUCCCCCCAAAACUUCCUCCCAUUUUCUUAUCAACAUAGAAAGUAGCAAAGCCUUAAAAACAAAAGAUAGUGAAAUAAAAAUGUAUUUAAAAUUUGUUCAUUCUCUUGGCUUUGCACUACUCAUUCUUUUUCUCCUGAAUUUUCAAUCAUUUGCUAAACCAAACAAAGAAGAAGAAGAAGAUCACUUUAAACUGUCAUCUACCACAACUUUUCCUAAGUUACAAGCAGAAAGAUUAAUAAGACAUCUUAAUUUAUUCCCAAAACACCCUUUUAACAACCGGGUUGAGAAUGAGAAUGAAAAUGAAGCCGGGUUAUCGGUCGACGGGUCGGGUUUAGUUGAGAAAAGGUUUAAAAUAUCCGAAUUGGGUGGUGACCCGGGUACUUCUGUUGAAGAUUUGGGUCAUCAUGCAGGGUAUUAUCGUCUUCCUCAUUCCAAAGAUGCCAGGAUGUUCUAUUUUUUCUUCGAGUCUCGGAGUAGCAAGAACGACCCAAUAGUAAUAUGGUUGACAGGAGGGCCAGGGUGCAGUAGUGAAUUAGCUCUGUUCUAUGAGAAUGGCCCUUUCCAAAUUGCCAACAAUAUGUCUCUUAUGUGGAAUGAUUUUGGUUGGGAUAAGGCUUCAAAUCUCAUCUACGUCGACCAGCCAGUAGGAACAGGUUUCAGUUAUACUUCCGAUACCACCGAUAUCCGACACGAUGAAAACGGUGUUAGCAAUGACUUGUAUGACUUCCUGCAGGCUUUCUUUAAGGCACAUCCUCAAUAUGCAAAGAAUGACUUCUAUAUCACUGGAGAGUCUUAUGCUGGCCAUUACAUCCCUGCCUUUGCUGCUAGAGUUCACAACGGAAACAAGGCUCAAGAAGGACUUCACAUAAAUCUCAAGGGUUUUGCAAUUGGUAACGGCCUCACCCACCCUGAAAUUCAGUACAAAGCAUACCCAGACUAUGCUUUGGACAACGGGAUCAUCAAAAAGUCAGAUCACAAGCGCAUCAGUAAGAUGAUUCCAGCUUGCGAACAGGCAAUCAAGCAGUGUGGUACUGAUGGCAAAGACGCUUGCUUGAGUGCAUAUUUUGCUUGCACGGACAUCUUUAACAAGAUCAUGGACCAAGCAGGAGAAAUAAAUUACUAUGAUAUCAGGAAGAAGUGUGAGACCAACUUGUGUUACGACUUCUCGAACAUGGAGACGUUGCUGAACCAAAAAUCAGUAAGAAAAGCCCUUGGUGUUGGGGACAUUGACUUUGUAUCUUGUAGCACGGAGGUUUAUGAGGCCAUGCAGAUGGAUUGGAUGAGAAAUCUUGAAUUGGGUAUCCCUGCACUUUUGGAGGAUGGGGUCAAGUUGCUGGUCUAUGCUGGGGAGUAUGAUUUGAUAUGCAACUGGCUUGGGAACUCAAGGUGGGUACACGCUAUGGAAUGGUCCGGACAGAAAGAUUUUACAGCAGCUUCUACAGUUUCCUUUUCUGUUGAUGGCAAAGAAGCAGGACAACUGAAAAGCCAUGGUCCCCUUGCUUUUCUCAAGGUGCAUGAUGCUGGACACAUGGUUCCAAUGGACCAGCCUAAGGCUGCUCUAGAGAUGCUCAAGCAGUGGACACAAGGUACCCUGGCCUCAACAGAUAAAACAGAUGAGCUUUCUACUGUGUGAUAUUCUGUCUGUCACCAAUGGGUCAGAACCACUUUCAGUAAAAUCAAGCGUGCAACCUGUACGCCAGUCUAAUAUGAACAAGCAAUUUCUUUGACCCAGAUAGACAUCAGUGUGCAGUAUAUGAGAUCUUAUGUAACAAUGAACUUUCAAGAAUAUUCUUUGACAGCAUACUAAUAAAUACAGUACUCUCUGUUCCACAAAAAAAUUUUACUUCUAAUUUGGAAGACUGAUCAAGAAAUGUUUUAUAAGGUAUGGUGAAUUGAAGAGUGUGCGUUUACUUUACUUCUA